AUGUGCAUCGCUAUACUUACGACCGCGCACCCAGACUACCCAUUCAUUCUACUCAACAAUCGAGACGAGUAUCUUCACCGUCCAACGGCAGAAGCAACAUGGUGGCCAUCUCCAGAUACGCAAGUUCUAGGAGGCUACGAUCUACAUCGCCCUGCUCAUGGCACCUGGCUAGGUGUGACUCGUCAAGGUCGAAUCGCAGUAUUGACCAACUACCGUGAAGAGGACCAGACCAUUGUUGAGGGAGCGCGAAGCAGAGGAUUAAUUCCAAACGCUUGGCUGAAGAUCGACCCAAAGAAAGGGGAGAGCACAGAAGGUUUCGCGAAGCGAAUGAUUGAAGAGGAUGGUGUUGAAGGUGUAGGAGGUUUCUCGCUCUGCUAUGGAUUCAUCCAGGAUGUCGUCAAAGAAGAAGGAAAGGGUCUAGCGAUCGUCAGUAACCGCACUCCGGACGUUCAUGGUGUGGUUCAUCUCCUGCAAACGCCAAACGAAACCCAAGCUCUCAGCAACGCCGCCUACAGUGACCGCAGCUGGCCAAAAGUUACAAACGGAGAAGCCUGGACGCGCACUGCGAUUGCGGAAUCUGUCGCCGCGAAUGAAUCUCGUGACCAGCUUAUCAAUCGUCUUCUUGACAUCCUGACCACGGACACCAUGCCUCGACAGAAAGAGAACGAGGAAUGGGACAUGUACCUCAACCAGCUCCGUCACAGCAUCUUUAUACCGGCUAUCGGAAGAGACCAUCUUGAAGAGCACAAGAUGCCUGCGCAUGAGAUAGGCGACUUGGUCAAGGCGAAGGCGGUGGACGCUACGAGUGGGUGCUAUGGUACUCAGAAGAACAUCGUAGUGCUAUGCGACCGGGAAGGUAAGGUGACAUAUUUUGAGAGGACGCUGUAUGACGGCGACGCGAAACCGGUUGAGAAGGGCAAGGGUGACAGGGUAUUCGACUUCACGAUUGAGGGAUGGUAA